UGCCUCACGACACAUAGAAAUUCGUUAAAAUAUAGAACUUCAUAUUGGAAUAUAAAGAAAAAACUUUAACCAGUGAUUAUUAGACCCUGAAAGAUUAAUUUAUUGAAGUUUGAGACGAAUAAAAUUACGGAAGAUCUACGUGCUAGUACCCCUUUAAGAAGAUCCAGUAUAUUGGCCGAUAGGCUAUAUUCUUCGUAUAGGCCUUAAGAAUGUGGGUCUGUUACACAUCAAAAUGCAGAUUUUUCCAUAUAGUAAUCAAUUCAGCUGCUCCCUUUUUGAUUGGUYGAUUUUGUAGCUAUAUUUAUAGGUUUUUUUGUGUGCAUGUACGUGUGCUGAAAUAUGAAGAAAGCCAUAGAAACAUUGACCUCACGGAUGAUCAAAAAUUCCAAAUUGACCGGAGUAGAAAUUAAUCUACGAGAUCCAGAAAACUAAAAGCAUUGAAAAGAUAUGUUAUUUUUUCGCUUUCCGUUGCUACCUUUUUCAUGAUUUUAGAAGAGAUGAAUAUAUCCGACAAAAUAUACAAAAAAUGUUUAAAUUUGCCUGUUUGGCCGUAAUUUAGUAGGGGUUGUGAGCUUCAGUUUCCGUUUGUUGACCUUUUGUUAAGCGUGAGUUUCAUAUGGUGUUUCCAAGGGUUAUAUAUUCUUGUUCGUUAGAUAGUUUUGCGCAGAUCUGAGAGCUAUUCUCUCAGGGAGAGGUUUAACAUCAUUGGAAUAAAAAAUGCCAAAGGACUCCUUAGUCAACACGAAAGUAAUACUAGUGAAAGAUGGUUAUGACGGACAUAUUCAGACUAUGGAUGGCCCUGUCUCUUGGUUCGUAUCCAUCUGUUCAUCUUUUUCAAGUCUAGUCGUAGUGGGGCUUGCCUACUCGUAUGGGAUCAUUUUCCCUAAUAUUUUGGAAGAGUUUCAAGAACCAAAGUCAACAACAGCAUUUGUUGGCUCGUUGGCCAUCAGCUGUACGGGUUUUCUUGGUCCAGUGUCGGCUAGACUUAUUGACCGCUUUGGAUGUCGUGUAAUGAUGAUAUGUGGUGGUCUGACAUGCGCAGUUGGCCUUCUCUCAUCAUCCUUUUCACCAAACAUUUAUGUUCUCUUUCUAACCUAUGGCAUCUGCUUUGGUUUUGGUACAAGCUUUGUGUAUAUGGCCGCUUUUCAGCUUAUCCCACUCUACUUCGAACGUCAUAUAUCUUUUGCCACGGGUCUUGCAUCUGCUGGACCUGGGAUCGGCCUCCUACUCAUGAGCCCUGUCGUUCAAUCUCUGUUAAACUACUUUCAUUGGAGGAAGUGCUUUAUGAUCUUAGCUGCGGUGAGCCUUGUACCAGUUGUCUUGGGAUGUAGCAUCAAACGAAAGAAAAAACAUUACGAGGUGAAAACAGAGGUGACCGAAAAAGAAAACCAGCCAAGUGGACGUUGCUGGACUACGCCUGACGUUUCUGUUUUAAAAGAUUCGAUGUUUAUGAUUUUAUGUGCGACCAUGGUCAUCGCAUGUUUAGGCCUGGCUAUCCCCAUCGUUCACUUGGCCUGAUAGCUGAUAUUGGUGGAUCGUAUCAUCCUGCCUUCGUCACUGUUGGCGUCCUAUCCUUUAUCUCUUUUUUCCUGCCUUUUCUACUAAAAUGCGUCAAGACGUCGAACAGAAAACAAGUCGACAUGUCUUGUGAGAAAGAAGGAGAUAUUGUAGUUUACGAGAAAGUUACAGUUUUGUAGUAAGUUGAUUGUGACACUCGCAAGCAUCCCUGUUUGGAAUUGUUUUGUGACUUGGAAGUCGGGAUCUCCUAGGACUGAGGCCAAGAGUUAAAAACUAGUGCGGAAGAAACUUACAGAGGAAACAAAUCAAAACACAGGGCUUCCAAUUGAAACCAAUGCCAUGCAAAAUUGCAAUUUGGUUGCAGAUGAGAUGAGAGGUCAACAGUAUACCCACUAGCCUAUUCAAUAAUAAUUUAAUAACACUGAACACAUUCAUAAAAAUUAUCUUACUGUAACCGAUGAGAAAAUGUACAAUUGGUGUGGAAGUGUUCAGCGGCAUUGGUAAAAAAAUUCCGCGUUGGUAGGGCACGGUUAGGCGCAUCGCGCUAUAUAUAUAGCAAGAGAAUAUGAAGUUAAUAUUCUUUUGAUAUAUAGUUAAUGUAACAAUGAUUUACUAGGGUAAUAUGAGAAAAGGGAGGAUGAAUGUGUUUAAUUAUUAAUUAAUUGAUAAGUUAAUUAUACAAAUUGGUCUUGGAUAACUAUUAAACCAUGGGACAUUUGGCAAUUUAGUUGUAAAAAUAAAGAAAGCUAGGUAACACCGU